CAGUUCGAACUUCAAGCUGAGUAGAGGACUACUAAGUUCCAUUGAACGUGAAAUUUGAUGGACUUGCAUCGUUUAUGUAUCGGGUUUCUUCUCAUUUAUGAGUUCUGGAGGGCUGUUCAUUGUGAUCAAGGAGGUUUCUUGAGUUUAUAUUGUGGAGGAAGCAGGAGUUUUGUGGAUUCUUCAAACAUUUCAUGGGUUCCGGACGAUUCUUAUGUGAAUGCAGGAAACAUCACUACAGUUGACUUCAUUGAAGGUUCAUCAUCAUCUCAAGUCCCAGUGAGAUUCUUCCCAGAUACUCAAGACGUGCGCAAGUGUUACAAACUGCCUGUAAACAAUAUGUCGUCCAUGGUUCUUGUUAGGCCACAGUUUUACUACAAGAACUAUGAUGGACUAGGGAAGCCUCCAUCCUUUUCAGUUUCUCUUGGGACAGCCAUCACUACUACCAUAAAUCUUACUAUCAAUGAUCCCUGGGUUGAAGAGUUUAUAUGGCCAGUUACUAAAGAAACUCUCUCAUUCUGUUUAGUUUCUAUUCCUAAUGGGGGAGCUCCAGUUAUUUCUUCACUUGAAGUCCGCUCGCUCCCUGAAGGAGCUUACACUAGUCACAUGGAGGACUUCCCAAAUACAUCACUAAGGAAGCGUUAUAGAAUCAAUUGUGGUUACAACAAUGGAUCAAUAAGGUACCCUGUUGAUUCUUAUGAUCGUAUAUGGGAUGCUGAUCAGGGUUUCUCACCUUCUCAUCUAUCAUCUGAAUUCAACAUUCAGCUUCCUUUAAAUCUAUCAGAAAUUAAGGAAAACCCACCUCUUGAUGUUCUUCAGUCGGCAAGGGUUGUAGCACGAAAGAAGGCUUUGGUUUACAACUUUCCUCUCAAUACGCUAGGGGAUUUUUACGUUGUCCUUUAUUUUGCUGGGAUUCUGCCUGUAUCACCCUCAUUUGAUAUAUUAAUUAAUGGGGAUGUUGUUAGUUACAACUAUACUGUGGAGAAUUGGGUGGCCAGUGUUCUCUUUUUUGCACAGAAGGGCAUCCGAAGCUUGAACAUAACGUUUCAAAAUAUCAGUUUCUAUCCACAAGUAAAUGCAAUUGAGGUGUAUGAGAUUGUUGGGAUUCCCUCUGAGGCUUCUUCAACUACAGUUUCAGCCCUCCAGGUAAUCCAACAGUCUACGGGCUUAGAUCUAGGAUGGAAAGAUGAUCCGUGCUCUCCAACAGAAUGGAAACACAUUGGAUGUGAUGGAAGCAUGGUUAUAUCAUUGGAGCUUUCAGAUAUUAACUUGAGGGCAAUCAGUCCAACAUUUGCUGACCUGCUGGAUCUCAAGACAUUGGAUUUGCACAACACAUCACUUGGUGGACAGAUACAAAAUUUGGAUAGCCUGCAACAACUUGAAACAUUGAACCUGAGUUUCAAUAAGCUGACAUCCUUUGGAUCUGAUUUUGACACCUUGAUUAGCCUUCAGAUUCUGGACUUGCAAAAUAAUAGAUUAGAAGGUUCUGUUCCAGAGAGCUUGGGAGAUUUGAAGAAUCUUCAUCUACUAAAUCUAGAAAACAAUAAACUUAUUGGCCCCCUUCCACAGUCUUUAAACAGAGAAAGUUUGGAAGUUAGAACAUCGGGUAAUUUGUGUCUCUCCUUCUCAUCAUCAACAUGCAAUGGUAUUACAGGCAAUACUUCAAUUGAAGUCCCACAGGUUACAGUUUUCAACCCAAAGAAGCAUAGUCAUAGUGAUCAUGAUCAAAGGGUAAUUAUAAUGAGUACAAUUGGAGGUGUCUUGUGUGCUGUUCUCUUUAUUGCACUAUCAGUAUUCAUGUACAGAAGGAGGAGAAAUGAAACAGAAGCCACAGCUACAACAAGGACAGAAACUGCAAUGUGGAACUGGAAUGCAACAAAGAUCUUAUCUUACAAAGAGAUCAAAGCAGCUACAAACAACUUUAAGGAGGUUAUCGGUCGUGGUAGUUUCGGUUCUGUUUAUCUUGGAAAACUCCCAGAGGGAAAAUUAGUUGCUGUGAAAGUGCGGUUUGACCAAACUCAACUUGGAGCUGAUUCCUUUAUUAAUGAGGUGCAUCUUUUAUCCCAAGUUCGCCAUCAAAAUCUUGUAUCCUUGGAAGGAUUUUGUUAUGAAUCAAAGCAGCAAAUCUUAGUUUAUGAGUAUUUACCUGGUGGAUCAUUGACCGAUGCUCUAUAUGGUCCAAACAGCAAAAAGGUAAUGUUAAGCUGGGUGCACAGAUUGAAAAUUGCUGUUGAUGCUGCAAAAGGAUUGGAUUAUUUGCACAAUGGAAGCAAUCCACGAAUCAUACACCGUGAUGUCAAGUGUGGCAACAUUCUUUUAGAUUCAGAGAUGAAUGCCAAGGUCUGCGAUUUUGGUCUCUCUAAGCAAGUACUUCGGUCAGAUGCCACUCAUGUGACCACUGUUGUCAAGGGCACUGCUGGCUAUCUUGACCCUGAGUAUUAUUCCACCCAGCAAUUAACUGAGAAAAGUGAUGUUUAUAGCUUUGGCGUUGUACUGUUGGAGCUCAUCUGUGGUCGUGAACCGUUGAGUCAUGUUGGCACUCCAGAUACAUAUAAUUUGGUUUUAUGGGCCAAGCCAUAUUUGCAAGCAGGUGCUUUUGAGAUAGUGGAUGAAUGUUUGAAGGGAACUUUUGCUCUAGAGAGCAUGAAAAAGGCAGCUUCUGUAGCUUCAAGGUCUGUGGAGAGAGAUGCAUCACAAAGGCCAACAAUGGCUGAUAUAUUGGCAGAGCUAAAAGAAGCCUACAGUAUUCAGCUCUCACACCUUGCAGCUGGGGGAGAUAUAAAUUGAUUUCUACUACCUCUCUUUUGUCCAGUGAUUCAGAUAUUUAUCUUAAACUUCAUUUGAUAAUUUGUUUAUGGAGGAUGGGAUAAUAAAAGGCCUGAGAUAGAGUUUCAUUAGGAAGUGAUGUGAUCAAAAAGUAUUUUAUAGCAAGAUUUCCUCUUAAGCUCAUGUUUAUAUAAUUUUUUGUUUUUAAAGCUACUCAAUAUAGAAAUGUAAUUACAUAAUUACCAUUUACAUUAUUCGUAAUUUAUCUGUUCAUUGGGGUAUGAGUGUGGCUACAACAUAUGCCUUAACUUUCUGACCAUUAAGUAGAAUCUUUGUGCUUCUCUC